AUGCCUCCGAAAGUACAACGGUGUUCUAUAUGUGGAACGAUUGAGACUGCGAGGUGGUAUAUUCUUGACCGACGGUCCAUUUGCUCGGAAUGCCACGAUAUCCAGCUUAAUCCUCCAUUGGAGCCAUUAUACGAGCGGUCUACUCAACGAGCGGGGAGCCGGGAACGUGACGAACCUGUAGAUGAAGAUUGCAAAGCAGCACCGGAAGGACAAAAAAUACGGCACGAUUUUGAAACACCCAAAAAACUGGAGCUCGCCAAACAACCCUCAAGAGAAUUCUUAGAUAAUGCGACGAAUGCUGAUCCAGAUGGAGGACCAGAAGAUAAUGAAGAAGUACCAGAAAGAGUCGCAGCCAAUGGAAUGUUUUCGCCACGUCGCCUACGUCGGAGAGUUUGCCCAGUACGAGCACCAGUUCGUCGGGGAACGAAGAAAACUGGUCGAGGGUGUCAUGCUUCGAAGGCGAAAUCACGUCGGACUUUACUGAAGAAAGUGCCAAUCAAAACACCUCGAGAAACUGCCUCGACAAGAAGCGUCCCUAAGCUGCUGCACGAAAACACGUGGUAUCAAAUCGGGGACAUAGUAUCGAUGAUUGACACAAAAGACAACACAUACUAUGCCCAGGUCCGAGGGCUCAUCGUCGAUGCAUACAACGAGAAGAGUGCGGUUCUGACUUGGCUCAUUCCGACUACUUCCAGUCCACCGGCCAACGAAGGUUUUGAACCAGCCACGUAUCUGGUUGGUCCGGAUGAGGAUAUACCACGCAGACUAAGCUUCAUGAACUUUGUCAUGCAUGCCCCAAGUGAUUACUACCUCGAUCGGAACAAUCCGUAUCCGCGUCCAGACUGCUAUGGACCGAUGAAUACCACACAGCGCGAUAAUAGGAACUACGUGUGGGCCACUAUUGCUCACCUACAUCACGGCGAAAAGUGA